UGUCACUGUCACCCAACACUAGCAACCACUGAUCUCAUUUCUCACACGUUAAUUACAAAUUACGAACCUUACGUCUAGUUUCAUCAUCCUCAUUCUCCUGAUUUUUCUAACCAUUAACUUUAAACCACUGAUUCUGUUGUCCUUGUUUAUUCGUCAUUAGAUUUUGUUAUUUCGAUUCAUUGUCAAAACUUCAACCUGUAAUCGUAUAAAUAUAACUUCACCUGAUUAAUGCAACCUAGUUUUUGAGUUUUGAGUUGAGCCACACAAGGCACACAUUCACACACGCACCAACAACCAUGGCUUCUACUUUGUGUUACAAUUCUCUUAACCCUUCAACAACUGCUUUCUCAAGAACCCACUUUUCAGUUCCCUUGAAUAAAGAACUUCCAUUGGAUGCUUCACUUCUUGUUGGCUAUAACUGUCCCCUGGGAUGCAGAACCAGGAAGCAGAGGAGGAAAGUGAUGCUUGUGAAAGGUGCGGUGGUAGAGGCUCCACCAAGUGUUUCACCCUCGUCACAAGGUGGAAGUGGGGCCGCUUCAAAGAAGCAGCUUCGGGUACUUGUUGCUGGUGGAGGGAUUGGAGGGUUGGUCUUUGCGUUGGCUGCGAAGAAAAAGGGGUUUGAUGUGGUGGUGUUUGAGAAGGACCUGAGUGCUAUAAGAGGGGAGGGACAGUAUAGGGGUCCAAUUCAGAUUCAGAGCAAUGCUUUGGCUGCUUUGGAAGCUAUAGAUUCAGAGGUUGCAGAGGAAGUUAUGAGAGUUGGUUGCAUCACCGGUGAUAGAAUCAAUGGACUUGUAGAUGGGGUUUCUGGUUCUUGGUACGUCAAGUUUGAUACAUUCACUCCAGCUGUGGAACGUGGGCUUCCAGUCACAAGGGUUAUUAGUCGAAUGGUUUUACAAGAGAUCCUUGCCCGCGCAGUUGGGGAAGAUAUCAUUAUGAAUGCUAGUAAUGUUGUUAAUUUUGUGGAUGAUGGAAACAAGGUAACAGUAGAACUUGAGAAUGGUCAGAAAUAUGAAGGAGAUAUAUUGGUUGGAGCGGAUGGUAUAUGGUCGAAGGUGAGGAAGCAAUUAUUUGGGCACAAAGAAGCUGUUUACUCUGGCUACACUUGUUACACUGGCAUUGCAGAUUUUGUGCCUGCUGACAUUGAAACUGUUGGAUACCGGGUAUUCUUGGGACACAAACAAUACUUUGUAUCUUCAGAUGUUGGUGCUGGAAAGAUGCAAUGGUAUGCAUUCCACAAAGAACCUCCUGGUGGUGUUGAUGGCCCCAACGGAAAAAAGGAAAGGCUGCUUAAGAUAUUUGAGGGUUGGUGUGAUAAUGCUGUAGAUCUGAUACUUGCCACAGAAGAAGAUGCAAUUCUAAGAAGAGACAUAUAUGACAGGAUACCGACAUUGACAUGGGGAAAGGGUCGUGUGACUUUGCUUGGGGAUUCCGUCCAUGCCAUGCAGCCAAACAUGGGCCAAGGAGGGUGCAUGGCUAUUGAGGACAGUUAUCAACUUGCAUUGGAGUUGGACAAUGCAUGGGAACAAAGUGUUAAAUCAGGGAGUCCAAUUGACAUUGAUUCUUCCCUAAGGAGCUACGAGAGAGAAAGAAAACUACGAGUUGCCAUCAUUCAUGGAAUGGCUAGAAUGGCCGCUCUCAUGGCUUCAACUUACAAGGCAUAUCUGGGUGUUGGUCUUGGCCCUUUAGAAUUUUUGACCAAGUUUCGCAUACCACAUCCUGGAAGAGUUGGAGGAAGGUUUUUCGUUGACAUCAUGAUGCCUUCUAUGUUGAGCUGGGUCUUAGGUGGCAAUAGCUCCAAACUUGAGGGUAGACCACUAAGUUGCAGGCUCUCAGACAAAGCUAAUGAUCAGUUACGCCAAUGGUUUGAAGACGAUGAAGCCCUUGAGCGUGCUAUUAAUGGAGAGUGGAUUUUAAUACCGCAUGGAGAUGGAACAAGUCUUUCAAAGCCUAUAGUUUUAAGUCGAAAUGAGAUGAAACCCUUUAUAAUCGGGAGUGCACCAGCGGAAGAUCAUCCUGGCACUUCAGUUACAAUACCUUCUCCUCAGGUUUCUCCAAGGCAUGCUCGAAUUAACUAUAAGGAUGGUGCCUUCUUCUUGAUUGAUUUACGGAGUGAACAUGGCACCUGGAUCAUUGACAAUGAAGGAAAGCAGUACCGGGUACCCCCUAAUUAUCCUGCUCGCAUUCGCCCAUCUGAGGCUAUUCAGUUUGGUUCUGAGAAGGUUUCAUUUCGUGUUAAGGUGACAAGAUCUGUUCCAAGAAUCUCAGAGAAUGAAAGGCCUCUAACGUUGCAGGAAGCGUGAGUGGUUCUGUUCAGUUGCAGUUUGUAAGUAAUGGAAAAGUUAUACAAAGCAAAUUUACAUUUGUAGAGCACUAUCUGCGUUACUUUAGGGUGGGAUAUUAAACAACGAUCCAGUUAUCUUAAUGUUUAUAUGGACCUUUAAGAGGGAUUGUUGGUUAUAAAUUCGUUACCCCACUAAAAAACUUUUUGUGUAAUAACAUUUGUUAGUUAGAUAGAUUUGUAAAAUGACUGAAACUUGCACCACAUUAAUGUUGAAUGGAGUAAGCAAUGCUAAGCUGAGAAUUUUUUUCACUUUUAA